AUGGGCGUACAACACUUGUGGGAUUUACUUGCAGCUGCAGGUUUACCUGCAAGAAUUGAAGCGUUAGUUGGAAAAAAAUGUGCGAUAGAUGCUAGUUUUUGGUUGAGUCAUUGUUUGGCAUCGGAAUCUAAUAUGAGGCAUGGUGGCGAUGUAAUUGGUGUCUUUUUUCUUCGUAUAUGUUAUUUACUGGAAAAAGGCAUAAAACCUAUUUUUGUAUUUGAUGGUAAACCUCCAGUUGCGAAAAGGAAGACUUUGAUAAAAAGAAGAUUGCUGCAGAACAAGAGAAGAAUUAACCACAAUCUUUUGGCAUUUCAAGCGCUCGCCUCUCAAAUGCGGAAAGUGACCAAUGUUUGUUUGAAAAAAACAAUAAAUAAUAGUCCAUGUCCAAAGGGUAAAAAAAAUAUUUUGGCCCUUGAAUAUGAAGUUAAUGAUACUAUCAUUCCAAAAGAUUUAAAUUUGCUAACAAAUGACAAUGCAGAUAUUACGACUUUUGCUAAAGACUAUGUGGAUAAUAAUUCAUUUAAUCCAUCAACCUCUACAAAAGAAAUAAAUUCUAAAGAUAUCUAUGACUCUCAUAUACCUUUAGGUCCUUUAAGUGUUCCAAAAGGUUUAUUCAAUGAUACAAACUGCGAGGGAGACCCCGUUUCACCUGGAGAUUUCGAACUAAACGAAAAAAAAUUAUCAUCUAUGGCUCGAAUUUUGAAAUCAACAAUUAAUUUAAGAAACAAUGAAGAUGAUUAUUAUAAAUUGGCUGAUAAAUUGAAGUACGAAAUUAUGAACAAAAUCAGAGAAAUUAACCGGGUGGAUAACCGAGCCAAAUCCAUAGAAUUAAAAGAGUCCAUAUCAGAAUACUCAAAACACCAAAUUGAAAGUUAUAUUAAGGACGUUGCAAUUAUGAAGGAAAUAGAGAAAUUAAAACGGAACAUAUCUGCCCAUUAUCCUAAUGCAAUUAAAGAUGAACUUCAUCAUCCUACUUCCAACAAUUUAUUUAUUGAAGAAAUAUAUGAUUAUAAUAGCAUAAACUUUAAUAGAAUAAAAAGGAAGAAAAGAUUUAUGAAUAAUUUGAAUGUUAUAACACCACCGAAUUUCGUUCAUAGUGAACCAAAAUUUCCACAAAAAACUCUGCACACAAAUGGUAUAUUUGACGAAUCAACCUUUGCUACUGAUGAGGAAAUUUUUGGUGAUCUCAUUUCUGAUGUACCAAAUAAUGAUAAUAACCAUUCUUUAUCUCCAAAAAAUGGCGGAUCAGACGAAGAGUUUGAAGUUAUCGAGGCUUUGGAUAUCCCCAAACAAGAAUACGCUGGUGUAAUUUGUAAUAUAAAUCAAGUUAUACCACAGAAAUAUGAAAGUUUAUUAGACUGUGAAGAUACCAUUCAAGAUAAAGCUUUAAAACCAGAAUAUAGUAAUGAUGGAAGUUCUGAGGAAAUAUAUAUCUUAUCUCCAAAACGGACUUGCAUUGAUGAAACGAAUAAAAAUGAUUUAAGAGAUGCAAACGAAGUAAAUAAUCUUCUGAAUAUAGAUCAUUUUCCUGAUUCAUCUAUGCAUGGUAUGCUUACAUGUACUGGUAACUCUAAUAUUAUCCAAGAUUAUCAUGAUGCUAUACAGAAAAUGCUAAAGUUAUUUGGUAUACCAUACAUAGUAGCCCCUUCUGAAGCUGAGUCACAAUGUGCUCACUUAAAUGAAUCUGGUGCUUGUUAUGCUGUUAUAACGGAUGAUUCUGAUGCAUUAGUUUUUGGGGCCAACCGUGUUUUGAAAAACUUUUACAAUAGUAACAUAUUUGAAGUCUAUACUUCUGAACGUCUAUUUUCACAAUUAGGAAUUGGAAGACAAGAAUUGGCACUUAUAGCGAUUAUCUGUGGUUGUGAUUAUACUACAGGGAUAAAGGGUGUUGGAAUUAUAAAUGCACUUGAAAUUAUAAAGGCAUACCCAACCUUUAAUGAUUUGUAUGAAUUUAGAAAAUGGGCAACUAGUGAUUGUGACUUAGAAACUGCAAUCUCAGAUCCGUGUCCACUAAAAAAGGCGUAUAAGGAAGCACAUAUAAAUUACCGUAUACAUUGGACAUUCAGCUCAGAUUUUCCCAAUCUAGAGGCAUACAACCUACUUUUACAUCCAAAUAUAACCAAUGAGUUUAAAUUAUCAUGGGUAACUCCAAAUAUUCCGGCAAUUCUUACAUUCAUGGAAAAAAACUCAACGUUACCAAAAGAAGAAGUGGAAUGUUGUAUAAAUACGCUAAUGACUAAAAAAUCACAACAGUUUAUAAUAGAAGACAUUCUUCCUGAAAUAUGCAGUAGUAAAAACUCAUUAUCUUCUCUAAAGCAUGUAAGGAGGACUCUGAACACGAACUUGUCGUCGUUUAGGAAGUUGGUUUCUAGUCUCAGUACAAGUUCUAGCUCUAAAAGGGUUAUGUAUAUAAAUAAACCUGACUAUUAUGUUUCAAAAAUAACAUCUAAGCGUAUGUUAAAUUCUAUUAUAUCGAUCAAGGAGCGUUGCCUUAAAUCAAAAUAUAGUGAUUCCUUCUAA